AUGGAUGUUGUAAUUUUUUGUUUGUUAAUGUUGGUUGUCGUCUCACCUACUUCCACUCUAAAAGGGGGAAAUAUCUGUCAAAAGAAUGUGACAACGGACAAUGAAACACUUGUAACAAAGAUUAAAUGCUGUUUAAACUUUGAAGAAAAGAAUGAUAUGUGUGUAGAAUGCAGUCCCGGCUUUCGGGGGUAUAACUGUGCUGAAAAAUGUUUAAAUGAUUUAUUUGGGGAAAAAUGCAACCUUCGAUGCAGUUGUAAUGAAACACAAAUCUGUCAUCAUGUGUGUGGAUGUUUGCAAAGACUGGACUUGAAUUAUUCAAAUAUGACGAACAACGGAACUAGUAUCUUGUUAGAGAAUGGGUCGUAUUCGCCUUUUGCAGAGGAGUGUCCUACUACAACAAAUGUGUUAUUCACAACCACAGGUCUGAUGUACAAAAUUCGGUUAGAUGAAGGUUGGGUAACCAAACUAUAUUCCAUUACAACAGGUACACCAAACAAAGACACAAAUUUCAAGAUUUCAUUUCUGAUCGGAGCAGCAGGUGUCACUGCUGUGUGUAGUGUAUUCGGAAUAGGACUGUUAUAUCGGUUGCGUUUGAUGAGAAAAAAACAAGAAUGCCGCGUUCAUCAUAAUAUGGUUAAAAAUUUAGAAUAUACAUCAAGGAAUCGGGAAAACCCAAGAGUACGCGAAGAGCCAGCAGAGCCUCUGUAUGGUAAAUGUAGUUACGAGGAUACCUGCUACAGUACAUUGGUACUAAGAGUGAACAAUGAAUCUGGUCGGGAACCUAAUACAUCACGACAGCCAGUCUUUACAGAUGAUGACAAUAUAUAUGAGUAUGCACAUCGUUAUACACAUCAUAGUGAUGAGGGACAGCCUCUAAACGUGUAUAUUACUGAUCUGAUUGAAGCAACUGAAUAA